UAAUCGGCUCCGUAAAUACAGGGCCAGAAAAAUUUCAGUUUCAACUCAUUUUCUAACAACUCAACAAAAUUUACUACAAACAAACAAAACCCACUUCUCAUCUCACCACAUUUCUCAACAAAUAUUCACCGGAUCACAAGCUCUCCCACUUCUCCGGCGAAACUCGCCGGUAUCUUGCCGGAAAACCCAUACCCAGAUCACAUAUUCAAAAGGGUAUCCAGUAAAUUCAUCAUUUUGUUCAUCAAUUGAUCACAUUGAUCAAUCUCAAAGUUUCUUGAAUUUUAGGCAUAAAAUCAAGAUUCAAGAUUUUUACAAAAAAACAAAUACCCACAUCACCAAAUACCAAACCCAUUUCCCAUUUGUGUAAUUAGAUGAAUAAAUCAAGGGUGUUGUAGAUUAGUUGAAGUGUGAAGUGGUGGAGCAGUUAUAAUGGGUGGUUGUGUAGCAUUUACAGGUGGUGGAGAGGGUGGUAGUAAAGGGGACAAAUCCAGCAGUUUGAUGGUGUUGUCACAAGCUAAAAUGAUUUUGUGGAUGACAACAUUGUUGUUGUGGAUCUGUGUUGUUCAGUUGUUGACUGUUGGUGAGGUUUGGGGUCCAAGAUUGUUGAAAACUUGGCCUGCUUGUUAUACACCUGCACAGACUAACAUUCAUCUUUCUUUGGAGCCCAAAGUUUUUCUUCCCCCUAAAAGGGCUUACAAGAACAAUGGUUAUCUGAUGGUUUCUUGCAAUGGUGGACUUAAUCAAAUGCGAGGCGCAAUCUGUGACAUGGUUGCAGUAGCAAGAUACUUAAAUGUCACACUUAUUGUUCCAGAAUUGGAUAAAUCAUCAUUUUGGGCUGAUCCUAGUGACUUUGAAGACAUCUUUGAUGUUGAUCACUUCAUCAGAUCCUUGCGGGACGAGGUUCGGAUAUUGAAAGAACUUCCCCCCAGGCUUAAAAGACGCGUUGAGCUUGGGAAAUUUCGAUCGUUAGCACCGAUUAGUUGGUCUGAUAUUUCUUAUUAUCAUAAUCAGAUUCUUCCACUUAUCCGGAGGUAUAAAGUUGUACAUUUAAACAGAACCGACGCGCGUCUUGCCAACAACGGGCUCCCUCUCGAGAUACAAAAACUGAGGUGUCGAGUAAAUUUCAGUGGCUUAAAGUUCACUUCACAGAUUGAACAAUUGGGUCGAAAAGUUGUGAAUAUCCUUAGAAAAAACGGGCCAUUUUUAGUUCUUCAUCUUCGAUACGAAAUGGACAUGUUGGCAUUCUCUGGAUGCACACAAGGCUGCAACAGUGAAGAAGUUGAAGAAUUGACAAGAAUGAGAUACGCGUAUCCAUGGUGGAAAGAGAAAGAAAUCAAUUCGGAUCUAAAGAGAAAAGAAGGGUUGUGUCCUAUGACACCAGAAGAAACGGCUUUGAUAUUACGCGCUUUGAGAACCGAUCGAAAUAUUCAAAUUUAUAUUGCCGCUGGUGAAAUCUAUGGAGGUGAACGACGAAUGGCUAGUUUAGCGGCAGAGUUCCCGAAUCUGGUGCGGAAAGAGAUGCUGUUGGACCCUAUGGAGCUCGGGUUCUUUCAAAACCAUUCGUCACAGAUGGCUGCACUUGAUUACUUUGUUUCUUUAGAAAGUGAUAUCUUUGUUCCAACGUAUGACGGAAACAUGGCUAGAGUCGUUGAGGGUCAUCGAAGAUACUUAGGGUUCAAGAAAACCAUUCGGUUUGACCGAAAAAUCUUGAUUGACUUGAUAGACCGAUACAACGAAGGGUCGUUAAACUGGGAUGAGUUUUCAAACAGGGUGAAAGAAGUCCAUGUUGACCGAAUGGGUCGGCCAAAGCGACGAGUGAUGAUUGCUGAUAGACCGAAAGAAGAGGAAUAUUUCUACGCAAACCCGUAUGAGUGCUUGGAUUUAUGAAAAGAUUAACAUGACAUUACAUGAUAUCUACCACUGAUUCUUACUCUGAUAGUUGAAGAAUAUGUCUGAUUGUAUACUUACAGUAUAUACAACUUCUUGCACCAAAUGCAUCAUGUCCAUAUGUUGAAAUGGAUAAAAGAGGAUUUGGGCAUGUAACAUCAAGUUCUUUUGAGUAGUUGAAUAUAUAUAUAUAUAGUAUACAUAAAGUUUCUACCUG